UCGGACUGCGUGUCUUGUCGUCACCAAUCCUCCUUAUUUGGAACCUCGGUGAACUUUGAAGCUUCUCCAGCUAGCUCAGCUUGCUAGAUGCUAACAAAGAGACACCGGAAGCAGAGCUCGAGUGUGAGUUAAAGUGUUGGCAUUGUGUAAAAAUGUGCGAAAGACGGAUGGCAGAGGACGAGGAGGAACUUUCACCAAGGAAAGAGGAGAAGGAGGAACAACGUCAAGUCCUGGACGCAGUUUCUAAGAAGCAUCGAGCUGUGUUACAUGGAGGAGACGUCAGCCAGGAACAUCUUCACCCUGAGCAGGAGGAGGAGGAGCCACGCCCCCCUCACAUUAAAGAUGAAAAGGAAGAGCCACGCCCCCUUCACAUUAAAGAAGAAGAGGAGGAGCCCCGGCCCCCCCACAUUAAAGAGGAAGAGGAGGACAACAGCAUCGGCCAGGAGGGAGAGCAUCUUGAAGGACCGGAGGAGUUCCCAGUGAUUGGCGUCCCUGUGAAGAGUGAAGAUGAUGAAGAUGAUGAAGGGGAAAGUGAGGAGAAGAGAGAGGCGGAGCCUCCAAGCAGCAGCUCAACUCAACACAUGACAACAGAAGCCGAUGGAGACCACUGUGGAGGAUCACCAGCAGACAAGCUCUUAGCUCCACUAUCAGAUAGCGAGCACACGACGUCACACUCUCCUGACACUGAUGAUGAUGAUGAUGAUGAAGACUCUACAGCUGAUAUGACAUGUCACCCUGACAACACACGCUUGAAAUGCCAACACUGCGACAAGACCUUCAAACACCGCAGUCGUCUGAAAACACACAUGAGAAAACACACAGGAGAGAAACCAUUCUUGUGCUCAGUUUGCGGUAAAAGAUUCUCACGGAAGGAAGGUUUGACACAACAUACUCGAUUGCACACCGGAGAGAAACCUUUUUCCUGUUCCGUGUGUGGUGAGGGUUUUACACAAAAACAGAAUGUAAAAACACACAUGAGAAGACACACUGGAGAGAAACCAUUUUCCUGUUCAGUGUGCGGUCGAUGUUUUGCACAAAAAGGUGUGUUGACAAAGCACUUGACAAUACACGCUGGGGAGAAAUCACAUUCCGGUUCAGAGAGCGGUAAAUGUUUUGUGCAAGAUGUUAUGAGAAGACACAUGAGAAGACACCCUGUAGAGAAACCAUAUUCCUGUUCAGUGUGCGCCAUAAGUUUUGCAUGUGAAAGUAGUUUGAAAACACACACAAGAACACACACUGGAGAAAAACCAUACUGUUGUUCAGUGUGUGGAAAACGUUUUGCACAAAAAGGUAGUUUGAACACACACAUGACUAUACACACUGGAGAGAAACCAUAUCCCUGUUCAGCGUGUGGUCAAAAUUUUGCAUGCGCAGGUGCUUUGAAAAAGCACACAAGAACACAUACUGGAGAGAAACCAUAUUGUUGUUCAGUGUGUGGAAAAGGUUUUGCUCAAAAGUCUCCUUUGACAAUUCACCUGCGAACACAUACUGGAGAGAAACCAUAUUCCUGUUCAGUGUGUGGCACAAGUUUCGCUUCCGUCAGUAUUUUGAAAAUACACACGAGAACACACACUGGAGAAAAACCAUAUUGUUGUUCAGUGUGUGGUAAAGGUUUUGCACAAAAAGGUAGUUUGAACAAACACACGAUGAUCCACAGUGGAAAGAAACCAUAUUCCUGUUCAGUGUGUGGUCAAAGUUUUGCCCUAAAAAGUAUUUUGAAACUACACAUGAGGAGACACACUGGUGAGAAACCAUAUUGUUGUUCAGUGUGUGGAAAAGGUUUUGCACAAAAAGGUUGUUUGAAAACACACAUGACGACACACACCGGAGAAAAACCAUAUUCAUGUUCUGUGUGCGGUCAAGGUUUUGCACACCAAGUUGAUUUGAGAGCGCACACGAGAAGACACACUGGAGAAAAACCAUAUUCAUGUUCAGCGUGUGGCCUGAAUUUUGCCAAAAAGACAUAUUUGACAGUGCACUUGAGAACACACACUGGAGAGAAACCAUACCCCUGUUCAGUGUGUGGCAUAGGUUUUGCAGUAAAACGUUUUUUGACGAUACACAUGAGAACGCACCAUGGAGAGAAAGUGUUUCGGUGCAGCGUGUGUGAUGAACGAUUCCCUUCCGAGUACCAGCUUAGCAACCACACGUGUGCUGGGGAGAACAGCAGCAGGAAGUGAAGCUGCACCGCUUCCUGAUGGGGAGAACAGCAGCAGGAAGUGAAGUUGCACCGCUUCCUGAUGGGAAGAACAGCAGCAGGAAGUGAAGCCGAUAAGAUGAAUAGUUUCCACUGCAUUUCAGCCCGGUUGUGAUUGAGUGAGAAGACCAGACUGGAAGUUUUAAAAGGAGGCUUGUGCUUGAAUUCCUUUGACGUCUGUGCUGGAAUUGUGUAAAUACAUUGUGUAAAUGCUUCCAGUUAAAUAUCCAGAUCAUAAAUGUGCUUUUAAAUGACAUUUCUGUUCUUCCCUAUGGCCAAGACAAAAACAACCAGAUGUGUUUGUUUGUUUUUUAUUAAUUUGGAAUGGUAAUUACCGCUGUGUUCAACAUGUCAAGCUGGAGCAAGUAUAAAUAUAUAUAGUAUGAUUAAAUAUACAGUGCAAUUUCAUUUUUUAAUUAUGAACAUUUUAAUAGAUAAUUUGUUAUGAUUGACGUAUUUUACUUGAUGUAACCCCCGGCUAAGUUCUUUGAUCUCUGUUAUUUGUUUGUAUACUGUUACUGUACACUUGGUUGUUGUUGUUC